ACGUGACUGCAUGAAGUUAUAAACAACAUGGCGAUGAGUAUCCGUGUACACAGUCUGUAGAAGUUAUCGUUCAUGGAAGCUUUUGUGGCAGAACCCCAAAUGUAUCUCGGAAUUUCUUUGAUUUGCUGUGUUCUUAAUCCUUGAGGACACCGCCGUACGAUACGAUGGUAGAUGCAGAAAUGCUUGAAAGAUGUUUAGACGAGGAUACGGUUAGUCAUAUUCCUCCACACUGGGCUCAAACAGACCACUUCUCGUUCUUCGGAGACGAUGAUGACGACCACAUUUUCAUACACCGUGUGGACUCGGCUGAUAUUGUUUAUCAACCGCGCAAGAAGCGUGCGAAAAUGGUGGGGAAGUACCUGAUGGGCGAUACUCUGGGCGAGGGUUCUUACGGGAAGGUGAAAGAGGCUCUCGACUCGGAAAGUCUCUGUCGGAGAGCUGUGAAGAUUCUCAAAAAGAAGAAGUUGAAGAGGAUCCCGUGUGGAGAACAGAAUGUGAAAAGAGAGAUCCAGCUUCUGAAGAGGCUAAACCAUCCAAACAUCAUACAACUCGUUGAAGUACUCCAGAAUGAUGAGAAACAGAAAAUGUAUCUCUUCAUGGAGUAUUGUGUGAGUGGACUACAGGACAUGCUGGACGCUGCAGAGUGCAAGAAGUUCCCCAUCUGGCAGGCAAAUGAUUAUUUCUGUCAGCUGGUAGACGGAUUGGAAUACCUGCACAGCCAGCAUGUCGUCCACAAAGACAUCAAACCAAGCAAUCUUCUUCUCACCACCGCCGGCAUUCUCAAGAUUUCAGACUUUGGCGUUGCAGAGCUUCUGGACCACUUUACAGAAGACGAUGCAUGUCGGACCAGCCAGGGCUCACCAGCCUUUCAACCUCCAGAGAUAGCCAACGGUCAAGAUGUUUUCUCAGGGUUCAAAGUGGACAUAUGGUCAUCUGGAAUCACACUAUAUAACAUUGUAACGGGUAAGUUCCCUUUUGAGGGGGACAACAUCUACAGAUUAUUUGAGAACAUCGGGAAAGGCGACUACACCAUUCCUGCUGACGUACCACCACAACUCACUAACCUACUAGAAGGUAUGCUGUCUAUAGAUCCUGACACCAGGCUGAAUGUGCAUCAAAUCAAGGAACAUGUAUGGGUGAGGAAAAAACAUGACUUGGUUGGAGAGCCAGUCCACCUUCCCCUCCUCCCUGAUAGCUGUGACGAGGUACGGAGCAUGACUGUAGUACCCUACAUAGAAGACAUGUUCAACCCGUGUCCGUCCGAGGAUGGGAGUUAUUCAGACGAGUACUAUGAAGACAGAGAACAGUACAGUGCGCAAGCUUCUCAAGAUGCGCCUCAGAUUGUUGUAGAACCCGAUGAGAGCUCAGACCCCAGCCCUGAGGCAGAGGAGCCUCAGAAAGAGAAGAAAAUCAGCAGGGUGCGGAAACUCAGUUCUACCUGCAAACAACAAUAGAACAUUCCCACCUCAUCCCCCUACAAGCUGUGUCUCUAUGCAGGCAUGUGGAUCGCUCCAUUGUGUGAUAGGGGUGGCAGUGUGUUUAGCUGGCUGUGGUGAUGGUCAGGCCAGGACAACAUGGAUUCCUCUGUCAAAUGAUGGGAAGGUUUUCGUUAAUGUGCCGAGAGAGGAUUUUUCAUAUUUGCAAGUUUGAUGUCAUUUGAGUUUUAUUUUUCAGUCAAAGAGUCAUCAUCUGCGAUCAGGAAUUCUUUCGAUUUACGAAAGAAGUUUGUGGAAUUCCUUCUCGAAGAGAAUUGUGUCCAGGCCAGCAGAGUAUCGGGAAGCGAGGGAGAAACGCUUGCAGAGGAAAGUGGGAACACCCAGAACUAAUUAUAUCCAUCCCACCCGAUGUACAUAAAUAAAAGUAUAUGCAUCAUUGUAAAGUAGUCAGUUCAUUUGGUGCAUGGGUAGCUGUAUGGGUAACUUAAUUCUACAUAAUACUAUCUGACCUUUGAGAAAGUUAAGUCGACAAAUCAAAGUAGGGAUAUAUAUACAUUUUUCUAAAUCAAGAAAAUUAUAUUUUCAAAGUGUGUUUAAACAGUAUGGUCCAUUUUAAAGUGUGUUUAAUGACAUACUAGUGAUUUAAUGUGUGUGCCAUUUUUGUAUCAAGGACUCUUAAUGAUUACCAUUGAUAUGCAAGCUUUGUUUUCUUUUUGCUCUCAUGAUUGAGACAUGACUGAACUUAAUUGUAGUUAAUCUGUUAAAUAGAAUAAAUGAAAGGCAGCACUUACUGGUGUAGAUAAUUGCUUAAUCCUUGAGUUGUGACGUCAGACACCAACUUGGCUGAGACAGAGUUCUUGGUUUAAUGCAGGGUUGGCUAAUAUCCCAUUUGGCAUGAUAUCAUAUUACAUUAUAACCUAAAGAAUAAAAUUCAGCCCUGGACUAAGGUCCCUUUAGAGCCUUUUUUGAUGGAGGAAGAAUGGAAGGCAAAACUUUGCGUUUUGAUAGGUGCACAUGAUAAGAGAAUUGGGUCCUGUUUUACAUUGAGUUACAAUUGAUUCGGUUGUAUUGCGAGUCCACCAAUCAAUCACAAAGUUACAAGUUCCUAUCUCUUUAGUACACAGUUGUGAUUGAUAUGAAGUUGUGAUCAAUUUUGAAUUAAUGACAGCUGUGUAUAAGGUAGGGCUCUGAUAUUGUUUUUUGGGGUAGGGAUUGAGUGCUAAGACAAACAUUAAACCUAGACAGCUCUCCAUCAAGUCUUUCUCAUUUUUUGAUAAAGAAAACGAGAGAGGAUCAAUUAUUAAACAACUGAAUUUUUUAAAUUUAAGCCCCCCCCCCUUCCACGCUACUCCUUAUAGAUAUAUAGUCAUAGCUUUAGUGAAUUAGAAUAAGACUUGUAUGAGCAUCCAGGCAUACAUGUCGUUAACAGUGUGUUUAUAGUCAAUGUACAGUAAGUAAAUCAUCAUAAAAAUACAGAGGAUUGCAAAGAUGUGGAUUAUGAUUAUUUUUCUACUGUAAAUUGUAAUUUUUCUGUCUUCCUUUCAAUGAUUUGCCUUUUGUGUAAGAGUGUGAAUGCCGCCCUCGUUGUUCAAUAAAUAUGAAUUUUUGUUAAAAACUAGGCCACCAAGUACUACACUUGCGCUCUGUCGUUCAGAAGGAAUACAAACAGCUUCAUGCUUGUCGAAUGAAACUCGAAAGUAACUAUAAUGCACUUUAUUUGGGGGGAGAUUGUAUUUGUACUUUUUGAAGAAAAUUUAGGAGAAGUACAGUAGAAGCUCGUUUGUUGGAAACAAUUCAAACACAGUAUAGAUUUAAUCAAGCAACACCUUUCUGAAGGACUUUGUAUAUCCUUUACAGAUGUACUCCAUUUGAACUGCACUCUUUGCUAAAUGCAUUACUUUCCAAAAGAUCAAUUCCAACUUGGUUCUUCCCUGACCUGGUGAUCAUUUUCUCCCAAUCUGUCACAGAGCAAUAACAACUACUGCAUGUUGAUGCACUUGGCACAUAGGUUUGGACACCAUGCUACAUCUACCUUUUCACUAUAUCUUAUGCAGCCAAAGGAACCAAACCCCUUUGUUUUGAAUAUAUGGUAUUAUAUUUUAGCACAAAUAAUGCAUUCACUUUAUACAUGUAGUUAAACUUUCAUCCUUCAUUGCGCAUUUAUUUAGAAUACUUAACCCUCAAACCAUUUUACACAGCGUUCUAUACAUAUUAGGUAACAUUAACUUUCAUAAGAUUUGCAUAUUAAAAGCAUGAUGACAUUGUAUAAGGUAGAAAUUGAGAAUUGGGAAAUAACAUUUGAAUGUAUUUACUCAUAUUUCUGUAACCUUUCACCUUUGAUAGUCAAAGCAAGUUCACAUGCACUUUUCAUAUUUUGUUUAACAAAGUAUUGCCAUUUCAUUUACUUGUACAAAGUUACUUUCAUUCCCAUUUAUACAUAAAUCACUUGGCUUUGACUCUUGUAUCUCUCAAGACUUUUGAUUGUAUGGACCGAAACUUUUUCAAAGCGCACACCACUGGAAUCUAGUAAACGAUCAAUAUUGACUGAUGUUGUCAUAAUUUAAUUUCUGCAUCAUAAAAGUAGUUUUAGGUGUCUGAAUAAUUACAAAGAACAUAACUUGAAUACUUGCUAAGUUUAAUCACAGCUUCUUAUAGUAAAUUUUACUCAUGAAAAUGUGCAAGAAAUUUGUAACUUUUCGCACAUGUGUCAAUAGUAACUUUGGAUUGGACCAAAGUAAAUACAUACUCAAUUUAUCAGCAAACAUAACGAUACUAUAAAGGAUUUGGAAGCAUUUGGAAGACGGCUUGUGUGCCAUCUACAUUCUUGAAAGGUUUCAUUUGUGUGUGUAUAUAUCUCUCUCUAUAUAUAUAUCUAUAUAUAAAAAAAGAACUAAAAAUGUUACCUCUGUACACAACUAAGUUGCAGAGUAUGCAAUGUCACAACAAUGCAAGUUUGUAACAUAUCCCAUUUCCUCUCUUUCAUCCUAAGAAGAAGAAAGAUUUUGUAGUUCAUGCUCAUCGUGUAUUCAUCUUUAAUAGUCAAGGAGCAUGUUUUUUGUAUAAGUGAUAAACUACGGUAAAAAUGCAUGGUCGAGCAUCUAAUUGCCCCAGUACUAACGUGUGAUGGAAAUUGAAAUUGAGCUUCUAAAGACUACUGGUAUAUAAUGUGCAAGUAGAGAAUGUGAAUUGUUUGAUAACAGUGUUAAUUAUUCUAGCAAAAUCAGUCUGGACCAUUAAAGAAAGUAAAUAUCCUUUUAUGACGAAUUUCGUUCAUGAGGGGAUUCGUAAACGAGAAUAUUUUGGUAUGACGUAGCAUUUUUCUAAAGAAUGUCCAAAUUUUUUACCAUUGAGUAAAUGAAUAAAGUACAAGGAGUGACAUGUGUUCAUUUCAUGUGUUCAUUUCAGAGGAACCAUUCUACAUACCGUAUCAUACUCAUGUAUUUAAGCAUGCGCUUGAUUUGUUAACCAAUCUCUAACAGGAUUCAUGUCAUUAAUGUGCCAAAAACUGAAGUGAAAUUCCAUUUUUGUAAUAGUAUCUGAAAGUCAUAAUAGGAAGUUGUACAUUUGGUCUUUAAUACAGGAAGUACAGCCACUUAUCUUUCUCUACGAUUAUUAAAGCUUUGAAUAUGUUCCAGAGUGGUGAUAGGGAGUAUACCACCUGCCCUUUGCAUUUACAAUAUGUUGAUUGGCAAGCAACUUUUUGUGUGUGUACUAGAAUUUUUGGAAAUAUUGAUUAUUUGGUCACAGUCACAAGUUUGAAAUAGCCAUUUCUGUAGCACCCUGACUUUUACUAGGCUCUUGAGUGUGUAGCAUUCAACAUGAAUAAUUAGGAGAUUUCUACCUGGCAAAUAUCGUUUGUUUGGAAAUCCUUCUUGAUCGAAACUAGGUUAAAACUCCAUCUUUGUUCAUGAAUUUAUUUGAUUUAUUUCUGCGCAGCAACAUGCAUGGUGCAGUACUUGGCACAAUCUACACUCGCUUGUUUUCUAACACUGUUUCUUGAAUAGGUACAUGAAUUUAGUCAUUGCAUUUUGCCUGACUUGUAAAGUGCCAUCUAUGAGCAGCUAAUUUACCUGUUUUACUUUGCUCCUACCCAUAGUUUGUUAAGUGCAACCAAAUAGGACUUUAAUGUCAUUGAAUAUGUAGAAUAUUUAAUAAGAUGGUUACUAUUAUUGUAUGUGUUUAUCUUUGAUUUUGCUUUAAUGUAUAACUUUUUUUGUUUGUUACUUCUCUAUUUACUCACGUGUAAUUGGAAUUUGUCCAAAUGUACGAUAAUCUAAGAACUUGACUAGCUAUCCAAAGAGAACCAUUAUAUAUUUUCUUUUUUGUUAUGUGUAUAUAUUGUAACAUAAUCUUUGAUUGGUUAAACAAAUUUACAUAUUUAUCAUACGUCAUCAUAUGCCUGGCAGAUUGACUUUAGCAGAGAAAAGAAUCGCUACCUUCAUAUUGACUUUAUUUUAUGUAUAAAGCAAGAAAAGGUUUCACAAAGUAAGGGGUAAUUUUCAGUUGGAAAAAAAACAAAAGGGGUGCGUAUGCAUACUAUUCCAUGAAAAAGGUUUUCAUGACUUUUCAAUAUGUGAUUUCAUAUGUACCUGUGUUUUUUUGCGAAAAUAGAAUACUUUUUGAGAAUAUGUACUCAAUAAUCCAAGAAUAAGGGUGUAUUUACAGCCCUCUUUGCAUUCUAUUUAAAGGUAUAUUUUGUGGGCAAUGCUCUUGAAAUUCUGUAAAACAGAGUCAAUUUUCGACUGUGCCAAUGAUCAUGCAUUAUGCCUCUGAAUGUGAAGUGACAUCACUGGGCAAAUGUAAUAGCUGUGUGUUUGAUGAUCUACUCUGCUGAUGCCAUUCUGUUGGGUACAUGAUGACGUUUGUAGUAAACCAUGUGCUCUUUUCCUUUAUUGAUGUUAUAAACAAAAAAAUAUUGCAAAACAAAGUGAGGAAAAUAUGUAAUUAUAGUGCAAAUGUACAGAGAAUAUGAGAAACAGUUUGAGAUUUCCCUGAACUUUUGAAGGGGAAUCAGUAGAGAUGAUAUUUGUAUAAAUGUAUAGAGAGAAAAGAUUGUAUAAAUGUUGAUAUUGUGAAGUGUUUGUAUAAAUUCUUUACGUGUGUUGUACAAAGUUAAUUGAUAUCGUAUCACCAUCCAAUGGUUACAAGUGUGUGAUGUCUCAAUUGGGGGAAUAAAGAGUCUAAUAUGUUUUCUUAAAAGUAAUUUCUUGUUAAAGAAAAGUUGUGAAUGUAUUUCCCCAAAGAUAAGUUGAAGUUUGUGAAUUUGAUGUUGUUCGCUCUUUCUGUAGUUGCAAGAAGAAAACAAAUGAUAAAGAAGAAGAUAUUUUACAGGAGCUUAUAAAGGCUUACCGUUCUUUAAUAAAUAUUAACUUAAUACUUAAAAGAGUACAUACUCAAACACUGACUGACAAAUAUAGUUUCUAUUUUAAAAUGUGUUUUCUUGUUAUAAAAGCAUAGUUUAAAUACACAAAAAUAUUAUCCAGCUUUAUUUUCCCUAAAUUAUGCAGUAGGCAAUGUAAUAUUUUGAAGUGAAAUGCUUAAAA